AUGGAAAUAGUGGACGUUGAAGACGGUCAAGCCGAUCCUUCGGCAGUAACGAGAAAGAAAAUGACUAUUGGAUACCUAGUUUUAAUAAUAACCAGUGGUUAUUUGUUUGGUAUCUUGAAGGGAUUGGGGACAGUGGUUGUGAGUGCGAAUUUUGGUGUAGCUGUAGCACAUUUCACGUUGAAAAUGCUAAGGGGAUACUUGCCUCUCGACCGGCUUCUUAAAAAUGAUACAGCGAGAGCACUUCUUAAAGUGAUCUCAGGACCACAGGCGUUCAAGAUUGUGUUUUUUGCAAGAUUAACGCCGAUUCCAUUCGGACUUCAGAAUACGAUAUUCGCCGUGAGCGACGUGCGGGGGUGCGGAUAUCAUCUGGCGACGUUGCUGGGUUUGUUGCCCGCUCAAGUGAUCAACGUGUACCUCGGCUCCACGCUGCGAUCAAUGCACGACGUGUUGCACGAACCGCACUUGACCGGAUACAUUGUGUUCGCUUUUCAGAUACUCAUCGGUAUAACGCUAAUGGUGUGGGUGGUGCAGAAAGCACGCAAGGAGUUAACUAUCGCGAUAAUGGCGGCGGAGUUAGGCCGAGACACACUAUCGACCAGCAGUUCCUCGAGC